AUGGCUCAUCAGUUUCCCAGUUACCCCAGCAUCGACACGGGAGAUUCUGGUCUCAACUUUAGUGACCCUGUGCAAGAGUAUCAGGCAGUGGAGGAGAAUGGCACUUACCGUGACUAUCGACUCGGUGUCGGUGGAGCGGACUUAGAGCUGUCCGAUACAAGCUCUUGUUAUCUUGCGAAUCCAAAUGCUUUCGCCUUCGAUCAACAAACGAAUGGGUUGGGUGGAUGGCAAGAAAAAGAACAGGUCUCGCCGGGCUCGUUUGGGGAGCAUAGUGGCCUACCAGUGGGGCUUCCAGCGCAGAUGGAAGUACAUCGGGACCCAUCUGUCAAUCAUGAUGCUCAAACUCACCAUGAUUCGAGUGAUCCAGUGGAAGAGGCCCGAUACUUCUGCGAGAAGCACUUCCAGGAUAUCCGUUCUGGCAAGAUUCAAGACGACGAUAUGAAGAAAAGGCUGGUUGACUCUUUGGAUAUAAUGAGAAACGAUGUCAGUGGGGCUGCACCUUAUCGUUGCCAUUACUGCACGUCGAGCUUCAGCACCAAGGGUGCCUGUCUACGGCAUGUACAGGACUAUCACCACCCGCAAUUGGAGUACAAAUGUUCAUAUUGCAAAAACCCUGAAAGCGGGGCGAAGAAGAACCGCUCCAGAGAUGUCUUUCACAGACAGGACAAAUUCAAAGCGCAUCUCACAAUCCAUUUCAAAAAGAAACCUCCGAAGUCAGAGCUUGAAAGACACAUACGCCCUCUUGCAUGUAUGUCGAGCUGCCCAGUCUGUCAUUACCCUGUGAGCAGCUGGACGGACUUUUACAAUCACUUUUUGGACAAACAUUGUCGAUGCUCAAGUGCUGUAGUCUCUCCGGUUGAUUCUCGCAGAAGCAGCGUCAGCAGUCAGGGUUGCAGUACCAACGAUGAUCUACCUUCGCCCACUGCAAACACUCCACCAGUUCAGAAGGAUCAAAAUGGACACCUAUUACCUGGAUUCAACAUACGUCCAAAUAGGCCGCGACGGGGGUCACACGCACCGAGUGCGGGAUCACCACCUUCAACUCUUUCUCCAUCAAACCCGCCGGGAAACAGGAUUUCGCCUUAUCAGGCACCCGCCAACUCCGCACUACCGUCUUUCGGCGACGAAAAUCCUCCGGGUAAUCCUCCGGGGAGUCCUAGUGCAUUCUUCCCUCCACAAGGGUAUCCUGAGAUACGUCGAGACUCUGGAUAUACGUCACUCCUGUUUUGCCUUAUUUGUGGACAUAACAGGGCACAAUGCAAUAUAUGUCACUCAUUUUCAGCUUUCAACGCAGGAGAAUGGUGUCAUGAAUGUAGCAGUGGUGGUGGCGGUGCAGCGAAUACUAUCUAUCAACCACCUCCAGAGCUACAGUUCUCUCCGCCCACGCCUGUCCCAAACCCAGCAUUUGGCGCCUACCAGCCACCUUCUGCCACUCACGGAUCAUUUCCAACUCAGCUGUCGUUUGGUGCGCAGCGAGGCCGUGUUCAAAGACAGAAUUCUCCUUACGACUCUUUUACGGGGACUCAGUUCCACACACACGCUGGAGGUGGUAGUGGCGGCUCCCAAGUACUGACUGUCGUCGAUGUCCCGGGGCCAAUUGAGCCUAUUAUUACGGAAUGUAAGCCUGGUAUUUUUCAGGUUGGCCCAUUGGGAAUAGGGUCUAUGGCCCGGAGUAUAUCGCUUCCAAGCGUGAAAGCAGGCAUGAAGGGCCUUGGUGGAUGCUUACUAGACAUCAAAGACCGCUUCGUGGGAGGUCCAUCUCCUUCAUCCCAAGCUGCACUCCCACCGGCCACGGAGCCUCCCCUCGUGGUGACGGAGUGUGGGAACUCCGGUGCUCUCAGGGCCCGAGUUGACAUUGGGAAAGGUGAAAAGGUAGAUAUGAGCGUUCGAGUUCUGUGCGGCAAGAAGCCCGGCAAGCUCUUACACAGCCGCGUUCAGAUCGUCGUGAAACUGUUGAAGCUGCGUACUUCCGCCGCUGAGACUGCGGAGAAAAGACACCGAAAGCAAAGCGAAGCCUCAGAGGAGGAUGUUAUCGCUGCUGUUGAAGUAUCAGAAUCAGCUCAAGAGCAGAAUGAACAGGAGGAGAAAGACAAAGAACAGGAGCAGGACGAAAACAAAGAGAAUGCCGAGAGCCCUCAGGAGCAAGACAACCGUGAUGACGAUGAUGAAGAUGAUCCGGUGGGGAAUGACCAAGAGGGCGAGGAGUCUAGGUCCAAUGAAGAGUCUGCGCUUCUAAACAUGGAGUCACUGACCACAUCUCUAGCUAAUCAGCUCACUCUUUGGUCUCCCACUUGCUUGGAUGCUGCGUGGGCCGAUUUUGCCGACUCAACAGACUCAGACGAUGAACACGAGGAGUCCAUCUUGGGAAUCUUCAUGGCUGCUGACUUGCAGAGCUGCCUUCAAAACAUGCCCAACUGGUACGACCUUCUCAAGGAGAUCAUUUCCUCGGACAAUCAGUCUGUUGAGUUGAUUUUCCAUCGCCUCGUCUGGAUGCUAUACAACUCAUCAGAGGUUGACCCUAAGAAACAACUGAAAUGA